AUGCUACUAUUAGCAUUAGUCGCCUAUACCUCAGCGAAUGAUGCAGAAAGUACAGGUUCAAAACCUCCCCCGAAACCUGACCCCGCUUCACCUGGUAAUGGAAAGGUCGGUGGCGGCCCAAUUCAAGCUGCUGCCGCCAUAACUACUCAACCUGCUGCCGCCGGAACUACUCGUAGGA